AUGGGUAUCUGGGACGCAUUUUCCGAAAUUGUCGAGGCCGUGACGCCCUGGAGCGUCGUCGAGGCCGAGGCUCCUGCCGCGGCUCCUCAGGAGGAACCUGUCGAGGAGGCCAAGGAAGAGACCAACGAGGAGGGCAACGAGGAAGCCGAGGCCGAGGACGCUGAGAAGGAGGAGGAAGAGGAGUGCAAGCAGUCCAAGCAGUGCUCCGGUCCUAAGCACCACUUUGACGACUGCGUCGAGCGCGUCCAGCAGCAGGAGAGCGACGGCGAGGCCAAGGAGGACUGCGUCGAGGAGUGUACGUUGGCCCCCUCUCGAGUUGAUUCGCGACGGCGGCUUGUCGCGCGCCAACCCGCCGCUACGAAGAAAGUCAUGCGCUAA